AUGUCAGAUCCAGCUCUAGAUGAGAUUCAUGUCUUUCCUGCGUUAGCAGGGGACUAUGACGACGUGAUGUCCAUUUCAGGGGGAAUAUAUAAUGGGAUGGAUUAUCUGCCAUUCAAGUACCACUCAUGGUUAAAGGAUCCUCUGCGAAAGAUGUUUGUUGCCAAGUCUAAAGGGAAAAUGGUGGCCUUUGAGUCUUUUCUGUUGGUAGAUGGUGGUGUUACAGCUGUACUUCAGGGUCUACGUGUUGCAGCCUGGAUGAGGGGCCAAGGUGUGGCAGGAAUAAUUCAAAACUACUGCUACGAUACCCUGCGCUCUGCGCACCCUGAGGUCAAGCGUGUCCGCCUAACCAGAGCAGAAGAUCCACCAGCUUCCAUGCUUGAAAAGUAUCAUAUCCUCCAUUCCAAGGCUGUAAUCUCUGUAGUGCUCCCUGCUGACCAGUUGGAGAAAAACCUUGAAAUGCUGGAAAGCAAACUGUGCGCUUUAUGUAAGGGGAGACCCUCUGUGCCUUCCAUACUAAGCCCUUCUGAAGUGUGCAGUUUAUUUGAAGGACUUGAUAAAGGAGAAGAUCUACUACCCAAAGGCCUACUCAUUCAAGGAUGGCUACCUCUAAACCCUCACCGGGCCAACCUGGAGCUUUUGCUAGGCACCGGGGUGCACUGGUUAUACACUAAAUCUUGUGAUUUCAGUGCUUCCUCAACUCCUGUCCUCUCCACUGCUGGUUUCCUCAGCCUUGGCACCCCUCUUUACCCAGUGCCCUUAGAGAAGGGUAUGUACCGCUUUGACAUUGAUCUGUUUGGCACUGACCCCCUCUAUGCGAUGAGUCACACCUGUCAUCAGUUGAGGCAAGCAAUACAAAUACUACCAUCUAAGGGUAGUAUUGUCUGUUUUCUUUAUGCAGAGCACAAUCUACGGGAGGAUUUAACAACCUUUUUCCAUGGUUUCCUUCCAUUUAAACUUUUGAGAGAACAGCUUAUACUAGAAAUGAAUAUCUAA